AUGUGCAUUACCAGCACAUCUUACAGAAUCUUUGUUGAUGGGACCAUUACGUCAACAACAGCAACAGACACCGUCUCGCAAUGUGGGCCAUUUUACGGCUGUGAUGUCGAGGACGAUGACGUCUCAAAGACCAUAACCAGUGCCACCACAGCCACUAUGGGGUUUGAGACGGUGACUGCAGUUAUGAUGACCUGGGAGACAUGGGAUAUCGAUGAGUAUACAAACGCAGAACUUCACGAGAUGGCAGAAGCGGCACAGUCUCGAAUUGACGAGAAGUUUGGUAAUCUGACAACAACAACAUCCGAGACCACAACCGAAGCCAUGCCAACUCUGGCCCGUUCUCCUGAGAUCAUCCCCACAUCUUCCGGCUUCUCUUGUGCCUCAACAGCCACCUACGCGCAAUGUGGUGGUCCAGGUGGCCAAAAGGCUUGUGACGAAAACCCAGGUUGCGCUUUCUGGGUUAACACGGAGGAGAUAACAAUGACCACACCGGAAGAGACACCAAUCUGCAGCGCGGGAUAUCAAACGUACACCGCGUCGGCCAAAACUGUCGUUCCUACAGACACGAGACCCCUUAGGUUCUUCAUCCCAGUAGCAGACGAAAUGGGAUCAGACUGGGACUUCAAUAUCGAUAGUGACGAUGUCAACGAGCUUGUGGAGUCAUGGAAAGUUGGAAACGACGACGACGACUCAAUUGAGAGCGGCGAUGGAGGAAAGGAUAUCGAAAUCAAAUGGAAGGCUCCUAAAGAUUCAGAUAAGAUUCAGAUAACCUUGCGUCUUGUAGACACUUCUAACAUCAGAACCCCCUGUGUGCCCAACUGCAAAGUCGAUGCAACCACCACCACCGAUGUCGAUGGCAUGGUCUGCACGCGCUACCCCUGUCACUUUCCAGAUUGCGAACAGGGCCCUGCACCUGAGCCUAAAGCUGCUUAUCUUCUGGUCGAAGAUAGUGUUAUUGUCCCUUUAUUCUACACAGGAACGAUCGUCGCAAAUGAGUAUAGCUGGAUAGAGGACAGGGGCGAUAAGCUCAAGGAUGAAGAAGAGGGCUGUGGUGCCAUGACGGACUGGGAUGUCGAUGACAUCGAGAAGGAAAUGAAAGCCGGCUGGACAGCUCGACAUAGGCCCACUUUCACUCUGCCAAUAACUAUCGCAGCGGGCUGCGUGGAGAGGGCGAUUGCAAGCGCGGGAGGACCAUCAGGGAUUGAAUGUGACAGCAAGCAAGGCAACCUGUGGUAG